AAAAAUUCUUACAUCUUCAAUGACACUUGUCAUAAUUAUAUCAUAUACUUGAUUCAUCUUCACUUUUCGUUUGAAGUUUCUCAGACAAACUAUUCUUUUCAGCCAGAAUUGGACGAGAUACGAUUGAAACAUGCAAUACACAUCUAAUCAAGACAAAUCUAGUGAAGGUGAAGAAAAGAUUUGUGAAAUUUGUAAAUUAAAAUAUUCAUUCGAAUCGUUUUGUGAACAUUGUGUUCGAAAAGUUUUAGUAAUGAUUUUCCCAAGAUAUUUACCAAGAGAUGUUGAUGAUUCAACAAAAAAUGAAUACAAUAACAUCGCUUAUAUGGCACCUGAAAUUAUUUUUGGAGGACAACGUACUCCCGAGUCUGACAUCUAUAGUUUUGGUAUGCUUUUAUUGGAAAUCUCGUCUGGAAAAAUACCGUACCAUGGAUAUGUGCAUAAUAGUGAUUUGAAGGUGAAAGUAUUCAGUGGAAUGAGACCAAAAAUUUUGCUGGAAGAUCAUUUGGAAUAUCAUGAACUAAUAAAUCAAUGCUUGGAUGCAAUCCCGUCAAAAAGACCUAUUUUAGCAACUGUAUUUGAAAAAUUAAAAAUUGAUGAAAAGGAUGUUUAUGUCAACUCACAAUCAUUACAAUCAAGCAGCCAUACUACUAUAAGUGAAAAUGGAUUUAAAGGCUUACCGGAACCAAAAAAUGCGACGCCAGAGGAACAAGAAGAAUUUCAUAAGGAACUGUUUAAAUUAAAUGAAGAUAAAGUCGAUCCAAAUUUACAUCCUGAUGAUCAAGAUGAAUUAGAAAUUCCUGAACAAGGUAAUUAAUUACAUUAUCUUAUUAUUUUUUACCAAUAAGAUUAUAUUUUAAAAAACUAAUAUGAUUUAUAGUACAUGCAGGUACAACAAAAAGUAAACCGAAAACAUCAUUUAAAAGUAAGAUUGAUUAUUCAUUUUUUGGUGUAUUUUUUUAAAUCAUUUUCAAACCAAAUUAAACAUUUAUACACACAUAUUUAUAUA